ACGUAACCACUAAUAGCAAGACAGAGCUGGGAAGCAACCCAAUACCCAAUUUCUCUUCCUCGUCGCCAUUUCCUCUUCCUGAGCUCUCUGCCGUAAAACCCUAACUUCAAGCUUGCCCUCUUCACGCCGAAGCUGAAGCCUUGUUCCAAAAAAGUUAAGGUGAAAUCUGUUUCUCCUCUGGUUGAUAUGGAAGGAGAGAGUAGCCAUAAUGACCCCUUGCAAUUGAUGUCUUUGAAUUUUGGUGGGAGUGUUGCGAAUCAUCUCUCUCGUGAGCCACAACAUGAACUGAACCAAAAGAUGAUCAUGGAAGCUGGAAGUAGUGUGAACCAAACUGAUGCGCUUGCAUUCCCUUGGAUGGUUCAAUCCCCAAUGCCGGCUCAAAGUUGUGUUGACUUUCUAGCAGAAAGUUCAACAUUUCUGCCAAAAUCUCCUUAUGAAGACAUGCUAGAGAGGAUUUCUUUAUCUGGUAGUGGCAUACAUGCUGCUGGUGGAGUCUCUGAAUUCCAUAGAGAUUUGUUAUACUGCAGCAGUCUUGGAAAACCUUCUGGUUCUAGAUCAAUUGAUUUCUCUAUGGACAUGGAUCCUUGGAAGCAUCAUACUUCAUGGACAGAUAAUUUCACUGGGGCUAGUUUUGACAAUGUUUCUCAAGUUGAUCAAAAGUUAACACUGGCUGCACCUGGUUUUCCUUCCCGGCCACGUCAAAGUGCUACAAAACAGAAAGCUCUUGUAACUGAUCGUGCUCGUAGGAUCCGAAUUGCUGAAAGGGUAACUGCACUGGAAGAACUGCUUCCACAAUCUGUAGAGGGUGGUCAAGAAUUUGUACUGGAUGAUGUCAUUGACCAUAUCAAGUUUUUGCAGCUUCAAAUAAAGGAUCUAAGUAAAAGCAGAUUGGGAGGUGAAACGAUUACUGAACCGAUGAUUUUCUGCGAGGGAUAUGGUCACUACUUCUUACGCCAGCAAAUGCUGAGUGAACCUCUUGAAGAGAUGAUCGGAAAAUUGCUGGAGACAAAUCCAGCAGCAGCAGACCAGCUGUUAAAGGACAAGGGUCUUUCGAUGGUGCCUCUGGGUUUAACCAAGAAAUUAUUCUGAGCCACAUAGAUGCCUGGUGGACUCAUAUGCAUAUAUCAAGUCUGGGUUUUGUUAUAUAUUACUUAUGUUUAUGGUCUCCUUCAGAUAGUUACUUGAACAAUCUCAUCUUCUGAGCUUUAGGGAAAUCAUUUACAUGGGUUGUUAUUCAGAGUAUUUAAUCUUUGACAGUCCAACACUUAGAUUAUUACUGCAAGCAACUCGUUACCAUUC